AAAACUUGUCGAGCGUCGAGCAACACGAAAGUUAGUCAUAAUAGAAUGAGGUUCAACUUGAUACGGUCGUAUUCAGUGUAAAAUGAUUUUGUGGUGUGGCAAAAUCAAUUCAAAAUCCGUGUGCCUCCAUUUCAACAAGUUGAAUCAGGAUCACAAAACCUGCUCAGUUCGCGAAAAGUGAGUGAAUUGCUGAGGACUUUUCAGCAUUUUUACGCGAUUAGUGGACGAUCCAACGAAAGUGCCACUCCGCAAAGUGCUUUUUUUUCAUUCUUUCUGCCUCUUCUCAAUCGUCCGAUAACUUGAUUCAUACACUGAGAGAGGUUUUUUUUUUCGACGUGCCUUCUUGACUUUUCAUUGCGAUCGCGUGUGCGAGAGUGAGAGAAAGGAUUUUAGAUAGACAGAGAAGAGACACCUCGCAAUGGCGCACGGUCUAUCUCCGCUUAUAAAACGUGAAAUUGAGUGCAAACCCUCGACGAUGCCGUCCAGCGGAUCAGGAUCCACCUCACCGGCCGCCGCCAAGAGCGUCACACUGAGUGGGGCGACGAAGAUGGGCUCACGGCGGAUAUUCACGCCGCAAUUCAAGCUCCAAGUGUUGGACUCGUAUCGGAAAGAUCACGACUGCAAGGGCAAUCAGAGGGCCACGGCAAGAAAGUAUGGCAUCCAUCGGCGGCAGAUCCAGAAGUGGCUGCAGUGUGAGUCCAAUCUGCGAUCGAGCGUUAUGCAGGGGGGCGCUGGUGGCGCUAGAGGUGGCAGCGCCACAGCGGUGAUUCGCGACUAUGCUGAGGCAAGUGUGGUGCCGUCCUUGGAUAUCAGCAGACACAGCGUCGUCACUCUCGGUUUCUCCAGUUCCACCAGCGUUCCGUAUGCGCCUCCCGAUGCACACCACGAAUCGUCGUCCUCCAGUGUCUCCAAUUCGCCCGUGCCCCUCAUGGCCCCCGUCACACCCCCGGCCAUGUAUCCGCCAAUGAUGCCCUACGCCAUGUCAACGUCCUUCCAUCGCGAGAUGCGACCCGAGGGCCCCAUUGAUCUGUCGAUGGCGCAUCGGGCGCGCAACGAGCCGACGGACGCUCGGGUGCCCGCCGUGAAGUGCGAGUGGCGUCAGGAGGAGGCCAUACUCCGGACGCACUCCGCCGUCUCCAGUCCGCCACCCGUGGAUCUGUCCUGCCGCAACAAGAGGAAGCUCUCCACAUGCUGCUCCUCCGGCGCCUCCUGUUCCUCCUCAACGUCCUCCUCGCCGUCGCCCAACGCCGUGACCCCGCCAAAAGUUGUGAAACUCUUCAAGCCAUACCUCGAUAGCGAUGGCGAAGACGAAGCGUCGAGUGCCUGUGAUGAUGUGGGUGACUUUAAAAAAAGUCCCACGACUACCAAUGAUCCAAUCAUCUGGAGUCACCAUCCGUGCUCGUCACCGCUGCUCUAUGAGAACAACAAUGUCUUCGCCUACGACUACAACUUCUACCCGAGCCCACCGUAUCACAACAUGGCGGCGGCGUGUGCGCCUCCACCAGCGCCAUACGGUGACUACAUGUACAGCAGCUGGUCACCCGUGGAUGGGGCGUACAGCUCGGGCUCCGAGUCCGGCGAGUGGCCGGCGCCGCACCUCGGCGUCCAGCCGUACAACGUGGACUUCAAGCUCAAGGCCAUCGAGACCUACUACCCGGAUGUGGCCUGUCGCUCAGAGCAGUGCAUCCAAGUCCCGCCCAAAUACGCCAUGAGCCACCACGCGGACAAGUGGCUGAAGCAGGAGCAGUGAUUGCCGUCGGCAAGCGCCAUAAGCGACAGGAGCAAGAUAAGACACUAUUUAGGCAGCAUCCCUCCCCUCCUCCUCCUCCCUCCUCCCCACCCCAGGCAAAUACAGUAACGGUUGGAGAGGUAUUUAAUGAAAAUAGCUUUAAUCCCGUAGCAUUAAACACUUUUUUGUUCUGUUUCUUCAUCUGUCUGAGAAAUUAACACCUAGGCUUAGCUAUCAAAGUUUUCAGAGCGUUCAUCAACAGGGAUAUUUUUGUUGAAAAAAAAGGGGUUGCAAAAUGAGAAGCGAUGAGGAAAAAUGUGUGAUAUUUUCCUUCUCUGAAGAAAAUGUUAGAAAAAAAAAGAAAUCAAAACGCUGUAGAUCUGCAAUAAGUCAGCCAAUAGCCUGAUUAACUUGAUUUCGCCUAUCAUCAAUGAUUCUUUAUUCGCAAUUUAUGGAAAUUGAUAGGUUGGAAUCGAUGAAAAAAGUCGAAUGUGACGCAACAUUUGAGAUAAACAAUAUCAGGCGGUGUGAAAAAUGUGGAAUUUCCAAGAAAAUUCAUUGUACAAGGGAUCUGUGGACAAAACUUGAUAAUUCAUUGAUUUCUAGACUGAUAUGAGCUUUUAAACCGACCAAUAGAAAGUCAUUUCUUGAUAAAAA